GAUUUGCCUUGAGCUAUGAAUCGAUGAUGUUUGGUUGGGGAACCCCAAAUUCUGAUCCGAAUUGUGGAGAUUUCGGAUCAAAACCCUGUUCUCAACGGGGGGUUGGAAGGAAUGCCGGUGCAGAAUACGGAGCCUUUACCAAUUCAAACCUUUGCGUUCAAUGUAUACCGCCUGGCAAUUUUUUAUUGAUUAUUUACACUGGGGUAAUCAUUUUGAGUUUUCAGGGGUUCAAGAGGAUUGUGAAAUUUUCACCAGACAGAAUUGCUUAGCAUAGGGAUUUGAAAGAGGCCAGACCCAUGUUGUUAACAGUCCAUCUUUUUUGACAUCCGGGUCUCCGAGACCCCUUCCCCAUAAGAAACAAUCGCUAAGAGGGAAAGCAGUACGAUAAUGUGUGUCGUAUGUUUCUAUUUGAGAGAUGCCUCAUUUUCGAGUACGGCAAUUAAAGCAAUAUUUGUGUAAUGUGCUGAUCACAUAGAUGUUGGCGACAAACAAACCUCAAAGGAACAAUAGAAUAGAGUUAUGACUCGAGUCCCAAAUAACAGGAGCCGAAACUGGUGGCUGCUUUGAUCAAAGUUACAUUGCAGGAUUUUACCAGCUGAUGUUGUAUGGCAGGCAUUUUGGUAACAGCCGUGGCACUGUACCUGUCGCGGCCCCUGUAAGCGACAAGGGGUAAAAGAUAUUUCCAACACGAAUAAGUCGAUACUCGAAACGACAUAACAAGGAGUCUAUUCAGCAGCUUGGCAACAGUGAUAACCCCAUAAUGAUAGAUGAUCUAUAUACAUAUCUCAGAUCCAGUGUUCAGGUGCAAUGUGAUCGUUGAUGGAUUUGGAGCUUCUGUGGAAUAUCUUCUAGAAAGCAUAUCAUCAUGCCCACUUUGUGGGUCUACAACUCGACACCAGAGGUUAAUGCUCAAUCCAAUUAUCCUACAAUCUUGGGGGCUUCGUUUCCAAUACUUGUGUUAAUGCUCAUUACUGUCGGCGCGAGAUUGUAUGUCAGAGUUCGUACUGUGCGAGGUAUUGGUGCCGAUGACUGGGCCGUCGUCAUUGCUGCGAUAUUUAGUAUUGUUUACAACGCUUGCACUAUUGCUCAAUCAAGAUGGGGAUUAGGUCUACCGUUGGCACUUAGACCAAUAGUUAACUUGAACACAUAUUCUAGAAUUAACUAUGCCGGUCGACCCUUUUAUAUGAUGGGCAUCUUGGGCUUCAAAGUCUCACUUUGCUUCUCUUAUCUUCGCAUUCUCUCCAAGGGACAACCAACCUACCGUCUCCUAAUAUGGAUCGUGAUGGUUCUCUGCAUUCUAGGCCAUACGGUCGGGACUCUAGUACUAAUGUUUAACUGCCACCCGAUUCAAAAAUCAUGGAGUCCAACAACUCCAGGAUCCUGUCUUCCCCCUGGUCCGCUCUUUUACGGUCUCGCUAUCACGACCAUCAUCUUCGAUGUCAUAAUCUUCUUUCUCCCUAUUCCAUUUCUCUACGGUUUGCGGAUGGAUAGAUCCAAAAAACUCGGCAUCAUUGGCGUAUUCGCCCUCGGUAUUCUCACCACUGUGUGUUCGGUUUUGCGGAUGACUGAAAUUCCCAUUAUUUCAAAGGGUAAUGGUAAUUCCACCAUGUUAGUUGUGUGGGGAAAUAUAGAAUUGAACGUCGGAAUCAUUCUAACCUGCAUGCCCGUCCUCGCUCCCCUCUUCAAAGUCUUCGGCAAAAAACUCGUCUCCACCGGAAAAUCCUCCUCCAAUCCCUACGCCCACACCGGCUCCCACAACAUGCAAAUUUUCAGCAACUCGAAAAGUCAGCACCACACCACCACUUCCAAUAUCAACACUCUCACAACCUCGCGAAAAGAAAGAGCGGCGAGAGCAGCCGCCCGAUAUCCGGGUGAUGUGAGUGAUAAUGAGAGUCAAGAGACGAUUUUGGGGAAAGCCGGAGAGGAAGGGUCGAUUGCAAGGGAGAGGAGUGUGGAUGAGAGGAGUGGGGUGGAGAGUCCACGGAGAGAGAGAGACUUGGAAAGUGCAAUGGGAAGUGCACAGAGACAGGGAAAUGAAGUGGAAGGCAUUAUGAUGACGGUCCAGGUGGAUGUUUCGAGUGAGGCGCGGGAUGUACAUGCGGGGAAGUUGGAGGGGGAGAGGAAUAGGUAAUCUAUUGAUUGAUUAUUGACAUUACACCCGCCUGGUUGGGAAGUAUUCGUUGUAUUCUUGGAAAAUGUCGUGUAUUCCUUACCUCUUAUACUCACUCAUGUUCGGGGUGUGCUGCAUGCAUGCAUGUAUUUGGAUCGCUCCUCGGGAAUGGGAAAUGAUAUAGCGGGUUCUAUGAUCUAUCUUCCAUCUAUCCAUCUCAGAAAGAAAUGUGCAACAACGACAAACAUUGUAUUGUUUCGAGAUACAGAUACAGAUACAGAUACAGAUACAGAUACAAAUACGAAAACAAGCAUAAUAACGAAAACACACUCGUUUGAUUUCUUUUGUUGGUUCUUUCUUUUGUUUGUGUAGAUUCUGUAGAAGAAUUGGUAUAUAAUACUAUUUGGAAAUAGACAGAUAGAUAGAGAGAGAGAGAUAGAUAGAUAGAUAGAUGUAAUGACUAAUUAUGCCUCGCUGGCAGAUAUUGAGGGUUUUUUUUUGGUCUUUGUCUUUGUUGGGUGUGGGAGAAGAAGGGGUUUGGAAAUGAAUGAUAAAUGUGUAGUUUUUGGAGGAAAGGAAAAUUGGAUUUUGUGUAUUGGUUGGUUGUUGA